UUCAGACUAAAAGAUUUAUAAUUAGUAAUUGUUUAAAUAUAUGUUCUGUUUGAACAAUAAGUUAUUCUUUUGAAGGAUACAUCCAGUACAAGUAACUACAAAUUAUGGAGUUAGUUAUUAUUUAAUGCAUUUGCAAUAGUGAUAGAUUUUGAAAGCUAUAUAAAAAUACCAAUUAAAAAAUAUAAUUGAAAUAUUUUGAUAAUUAAUCACAAAACAACUAGUAAAAAUCACUAAAUCAAGUUAAGGAGAGAUUUCUUAUAAAAUUUUUAAGUAUUUUCAAGAAAUCGUUUUUGAAUAUAAGUGAUUGAUUCCAGCUUUUAUUAAAGAUUUUAUUACGCUUGAAGUAAUUGUUUAAGGUGUAACAACAAAUAAGUUUAUACGAAAAUGGAAACAAAAAAUUCAGAAAGCGAAUAUAGUACAGAACAUAAUGAAAAUGUAUCUCACUUAGAAGAAAGUGAUGAUGAAAUGACAGCUGAACGAGCAUUGCAAGCGCUUGAAAAUGCUUGGUUGAACGAAAAAUUCUCCCCAGAACUGUUACCCCAUCAAUUAGAACUUGUUGAAUGUAUGUUAGAACAAAUUUCACAUAUGGAAGAAAAUUUAAAAAAGUUAGAAAAAGGAGAUAUUCGCUUAAAUAUUCAUACAAUGGAAAUCAAUAGGAUACGAUUUAUAAUUUCAAGUUACCUUAGAAAAAGACUAGACAAAAUAGAAGAAUAUGCCAUUUAUUUUUUAUCGGAAGAUGCAAAUAGGUCUUCCGAAGAAGCUUUUAUGACACCUGCUGAAACACAUUUUGCAAGGGAAUAUGUGUCUAGCGUUGAAUCUUUAUUUACAACUUUAGCCUUACAGCAUAUGCCACGAAGAAUUAAGGACUUUGAACUAAAUGCAAUGUCUUCUAAACCCAAUUUGAAUAAACAUGUUUUUAUAAGAGCAAAUAAGGCAACCGAUGGAAUAUUAAUUCCAGGUAAUAUGAACGAGCAAGAUUUUAAAGAAGAUUCACAACAUAUUAUACAAUAUGCUGCUAUUGCUCAUUUAGUAAAAAAUGGACAUGUCCAAUUGAUAUAGUAUACUUUUAUCAAUAGUUUGUCAUCUUUUUAAAAAUGAUGUGCCUUAAGUUUAAUAAAUACACAAUGAACAUAUUUCAGCUAA